CUUCAUUUCCGCAAUUUCCUCAAAUGACAGACCCCUCUAUGCAAAUAAACUAAAAAUAAUUCACUUUGGUGCUCAUCCUCUUAAAUGGCGCUUUUUCUCCAAUUCAACUUAAUUAUCCCCAAAAAUUAGGGCUUUCUUCAUCUUCCAUCUUCUCUCUCUCCAAAAACCUCUUGAAAUUUCCCCAAUUUUCUCUCUCCUAGGGUUUUCAAUCCCAGAUCUCACCAUUAAUGGCGAUUAAUCUAACAGAAGGAGCAAUCGAAGCGAUGUGUAAUGGCGACACUGAGCUUAAACCGUUGCUUCAAGUAGCCGAUAUUCGACUCGUUAAUACUCAAAAUGCGACCAGUGCGACUGAGCGUUACCGUCUUUUGUUGUCCGAUGGUUUGCAUUUGCAACAAGGGAUGCUCGCUACUCAGCGUAAUGAACUCGUUAAAACUGGGGCGUUGCAAAAGGGUUCUAUUAUUCGAUUGAUGCAAGCCGUUUGUAAUGUCAUUCAAGGCCGAACGAUUAUUAUUAUUAUCGAACUUGAAGUGAUACAAGAGACGUGCCCAACAAUUGGCGAACCAAAGCAAAUUGUAAAUGGUGAUGCUAGACACAUUGCUCAAGUUCCUUCCCCUGUGGGUCAAACUGGGAUGAUUUCUGGGAAUGUCCAGCAAGCAAAUCUUCAGCCACCAGUCACUGGUUCCAUUCCUAGACCUAGUGGUGCAGGGGGUGGUGUUUUGCAGCAGCCAAAUCUUGAACGUACUGCUCAAGCACAGUCCUAUAGUGGUUCUGUUACCACCCAGGUCUCAGGACAUUAUCCUACAAAUAAUGGAUCUCCCUUGCGCCCUAAACCAGAAUUUGCUGCUGGGAGCACUUUUAAUGCUCCUGCUGCUGGUCCAUAUGGAGCCUUUCACAAUGCCAAAACAGAUUCCUUACGUGCUCCUACAAAUGCUUAUUCACGCAAUCAGCAACCUGCCUAUCAGCAGCAACCACCUUCAAUGUACAUGAAUAGGGGUCCUGUUGCAAAGAAUGAGGCGCCCCCUAGGAUUUUUCCAAUUGCUGCCUUAAAUCUUUAUCAAGGUCGAUGGACAAUCAAGGCUAGAGUAACAUCAAAGGGUGACCUUAGGCACUAUAACAAUACACGUGGAGAUGGGAAAGUUUUUUCCUUUGAUCUUUUAGACGCUGAUGGUGGAGAAAUUCGAGUUACUUGUUUUAAUGCUGUGGUUGAUCAGUUCUACAACCAAAUUGAGGUAGGCAAAGUAUACAUGAUAUCUAAAGGGACGUUGAAACCUGCUCAGAAGAAUUUCAAUCAUCUUCCUAAUGAUCAUGAGAUAUGCUUGGACACCACAUCUAUAGUGCAGCCUUGUUUUGAAGAUGACAGUCAAAUUCCUAGGCAGCAAUUCCAUUUCCGGCCUAUCAGUGACAUUGAGGGCAUAGAGACCAAUGGUAUUAUCGACGUGAUCGGUGUUGUUUCUUCUAUAAGUCCAUCAUCCACAAUUAUGAGGAAAAAUGGAACUGAAACUCAGAAAAGGAGUCUUCACUUGAAGGAUAUGUCUGGAAGAAGUGUUGAAUUGACCUUGUGGGGAAAUUUCUGUAAUGCAGAAGGACAGACCUUGCAAAGUAUGUGUGAUAAUGGAAAAUUUCCUGUUUUAGCUGUCAAAUCAGCCAGAGUAUAUGAAUUCAACGGGAAGGGUAUUGGAACUCUUUCCACAAGCCAGUUAUUUAUAGAGCCAGAUUUUCCAGAGGCUCAGAACCUUAAGGAAUGGUUCGAUAGGGAAGGAAGAAACAUGCCUUCUGUUUCUAUUUCUAGAGAGACAACAAGUUUGGCUAGGACUGAUGCUCGUAAGACCUUAUCUCAAAUUAAGGAUGAGAAGUUGGGGACCUCUGAUAAGCCUGAUUGGAUAACAGUCUGCGCCACAAUAUCAUUUGUCAAAACAGACAACUUCUGCUAUACAGCAUGCCCCAUCUUGAUUGGGGAUCGUCAGUGCAGCAAAAAGGUCACAAAUAAUGGAGAUGGGAAGUGGCGUUGUGAUAGAUGUGAUCAGUCUGUUGAUGAAUGUGAAUAUAGGUAUAUUCUCCAGCUUCAAAUACAGGAUCAUACUAGUCUAACCUGGGUAACAGCUUUCCAGGAAGGUGGUGAACAGAUUAUGGGCAUCUCUGCUAAAAAUCUGUACUAUUUGAAAAAUGAGGAACAAGAUGAUGAGAAGUUUACAGAAAUUGUUCGUGCAGCUGUUUUCAAUAAAUACAUAUUUAAGCUGAAAGUAAAGGAGGAGACUUUCAGCGAUGAGCAGCGUGUUAAGUCGACAGUAGUGAAGGCAGAGAAGGUCAAUUUUACUGCUGAAUCCAGGUCUAUUUUGGAAUUGAUGAAUAAAGUUAAAUUAGGUGAUUCUGGUGCCCCAGGUGCCAAAUUAGGGAAUGCCUCUGCCAAUUUUGGAGCAAACAGAUCAGGAAUUGGUCAUGCUGGAAUUAGUCAGCCUGCAGUUUCUGGUGUGAGCUAUGGAACAAACUCUGCUCUUUCUGGGAGAGAAGCAGGCAUGCAUACUAACAAUAGCCAGUUUGGGAAUCAGUAUAGUGGUGGGUACGCUGGUGGUGCUACUGCUUCUGGAAUGCCUAUGACUUGUAGUAGCUGUGGUGGUAUUGGUCAUAGUUCAGCUACUUGCCCUAGUAUUAUUAACAGUCCAGCAACCUUUGGGAAUCAAACAGUUCCUGCCGGUAGCAAUUCUGGACAGUGUUAUAAAUGCCAAAAAUUUGGGCAUUUUGCGAGGGACUGUUCUGGAUUAAGUGCUGUGCCACCAGCUUAUGGUGGUAGUAACAUGGGUCCUGGUAGAUAUGGUGGUGGCCAGAGACAACACGUUGGAGGUUUUUAAAUUUUAGAUAUUAGGAGACGUCUGUACAGAAGUGUUGGCGCUGGAUUUUGAUUGAUACUUUAUAUCUCCUGGCUUAGGUUUGACACUGUUUCUGGUGUGUUUUGACUCUGUACAGCAGUCCGCAGAUGUCUGUAAUAAAUAAACUGAUACUUUGUCAUCUGAGCCUAAGGAGAUUCUGGCACAGUAGAUUGGUUUUGCUAUGAUAUUGUAGUGUAGUUAAGAGGUUUCCUUUUCUUACAUUAUUUUAGUUUCACAUUUUGACUUGGUUUAUCGAAUGGAUAUUAGUUUAUGUAAUUUAGUAUAAUCUGCUUUCACUCUGUACUAUAUGUAACGUUUCCUUAGCAGCUUGAUUGUGCAUAGUGCCUUUUGUUUCUCCUGGUUGGAUGCAAUUUCUGUUUUAAAAAGUCUUUUACUGUGAAA